AAACACUUCGGAUCUGCCUUCUAUGUCGCACUGAUCUGGGCGAUGUCAUGCAGAAGAUGGACAGAUGGGCUCAAGCACCUCCCAAGGGGUGAAACCACACUUUGCUGUCAAGAGUAACAGCAAUCCUCAGAUCCUCUCUCUCUUGGCUGACCUAGGUGCCUCGUUCGACUGUGCCAGCAGGGGUGAAAUGUCGACUAUUCUUGACAUGGGAGUUGGACCAAGCCGCAUAGUGUAUUCACACAGUGUCAAACAUACCACCGACAUUAGAUACGCGGCACAGAUGGGCGUUGAUUUGGUUGCGUUUGAUAACGAGGAUGAACUGGACAAACUGAAGCCGCUACAUCCUAAUGCCAGAUUACUGCUGAGAAUCAAGAGUUCCGACAAAUAUGAAGUGGAACAUCACCUUAGCGUCCAGUAUGGAUGUGAAGAGGACGAAGUCCACCAUCUCCUCAGGAAAGCCAAGAGCAUGCGACUGAAUGUGGUGGGAGUCAGUUUCCAUGUUGGAAGUGGCAUCGUGGACGGCCGUGUCUUCAUUGACGCUAUAGAGAGAGCUGACAGGGUGUUCCAAAUAGCCUCUGAACUCAACAUCUCCAUGAGUGUCUUGGAUGUUGGAGGGGGCAUCUUUGGACAUAAGACACCUCCGGUGGAAUUUGAAGAGGUUGCAAGACAUCUCAACAAGGGCCUAGAUGAAUACUUUCCUGAAGAAAGAGGAGUUCGGGUCAUAGCGGAGCCUGGCCGCUACUUUGUGACGUCAUGUGCGACCUUGGUCAUAACAGUUAUAGGAAGGAAGAUCAGGCAUGGUGAAGAUGAAGACGAGUACAUAUACUUCGUGAAUGACAGCGUCUUUGGAACCUUCAACAGAACCUUCAAAAGAUGCUGCAGGGCUGAAGCACCAUCGCUGCUAAAUGCUCCACGGACCUCGGUGACCUUCAAGUCCACUGUCUAUGGACAGACAUGUGCAGGUGACGACAUCCUUUUCGAGGAGUGUCACUUACCGGAGCUUGAAAUCGGGGACCGGUUGUUCGUGGAGAAUGUUGGCGCUUAUCCCAUGUCUAUUAACAAAGCCGGGUCAUUUAAUGGAAUGCCACAACCAAUACCAAUUUAUGUCUGCAAAAAAGGAUCAUGGAUUUGCCGUGUCAAGAGCAGAAAGCGAGUAACGCCCGUAAACAAGUGUGUGCCAGGCAACAUCCCGGAAGAGAACUUUAGGACUUGAAGAAGGAACCGUAGAAUAAAAAUCUCUGUCUUCAUUGUUAUCUUAUCUUAUCACAAUUGUGUUUUCGUAUAACACUGUAUUGAGUAAAUCUACAGCUUUAUAAUUGCGUCCUUAUAUACUGACGUAUGGACGGACAAAACAGUAACUGAUAUGGCAAAUCUCUGAGGUGACGGGAUAACUGCUAAAACCCCUCACAGAUAUAAUGGGACCACUAUGCAAUUUGAUAAUACAUUCCUUGUUGUGUUACACACACCUCCUUGUUUGUUAUAUAUAAUACGAAUUAAUAAACACACGUUCAUGAUACA